AAUUUUACGGCGGUUCUAUAAAUUCCCUGUGCUUAUUUAGCCUCACAUUUUUACUCAUAAAUAUAAUGUAAGUUAAUUUUUUAAGGUUUCACUCUGGUUUGAUCAGCUAUGUCACAAUAUUAUGAUAUAUUGUACAAGUAUGUCUCUCCUACGAUUGGCACACUUAUCGUUCUGGUAAAUGCAUUGGAGAUUGGUUUGAUAUACAAGGACUCCAAACUAAAACGACCAAUGGCGAUUGUGUACAGCCUUAAUCUUGCGAUAUCUGAUGUUGUUGUUGGUGCUUUGAUCGUGUUGUUAAAAUCCAUGCAUCCAGUCGUUUCAACAACAUGGAAGAAAGUAGAGAUCGUGCAAGAAGUUUACAGCAUCUUCCAGUUCUGCUUUAUCAGAAUUUCCUUAUUUGUGUCUGUCUUCAAUUUAAUUGCAUUGACAUUGGACAGACUUUGGGCAAUUACAAGACCCUUAUCCCAUCGAAAGCUGAGCAAAAAAAGUGCCGUCAAGAUUUGCGUUGGUGUAUGGUUGUUAUCGGUCAUGUGUGUGGUCAUUCUUUACUGCUUGUCCCGUUUUUAUCCUGAGAAUACAGCGGUGUAUAAAAACCUGGUGUUUCCCAUCCCAACAUAUACAGCGAUCAUCAUAUUCGUGAUAUGUUACGUGAAGAUCUAUCUAACCAUACGUAGUAGCUUGCAUGUGAAAUCGUCCACAACAAGAUCAAGCCAAAGGAAAGAAAAAUCGGUGCAGAGAUCGUCUAUGCACGAGGUAUUAUUCUAUUUAGAUUUGUGGGCGCGAAUUAACAAGAGAUUCGGAAUAGGAUAAAAAAAUAAAAAGAAAACUAUUUCCCUUUAACAUUUUAUAAUAAGCUCUUUUUGGCUGCUUUUAUCAUAUUGUUGAUUUUUUCUCGCACUGUGAUAAGCACGACAUAUAUGCUACAAAUGCCUUUUUUUUUCCGAGAAACAAGUGUAAUUUUACUUAUUUUUCAAUUCUACAGUGCAAAAGUUCAUAUUUUUUACUGAUUGGUUGAAAUAGGGUGCAAAAAGCUUAGCUAUGUUUUUACUGAUUGGCUAAAAUAGCGUGCAAAAGGCAUAUUUUUUUAUUAGUGGUGUAAAGUUAUUUUCAUCUCGGAAUACGAGCGCGUGACGUGAAAUUUAUUUUAAAAUUUUCUUCUGAAAUACUCGUUCAGGAGCCAGUGCUCUCCACCGCUGAGAUUUUCAGUUCACCUAAGACUUCAGAGAGAGUUUAUAGACAGUCGAAGGAGACAUGUAUUUAAUAUGAAUAUUCAAAAUAAAUUGUUUGCAAGUUCAUAUGCGAUAGUUUUCACUUGUUCGCGUUUGCUUAUCGCUAACACCAGUCUUUUUCAAAUUAUCUUUCUGAUAUCCUUAAAGACAUACUCCGAGGAGAUUGACAGUACACUGAAUACUUCACAAAACACCUGUCACUUGAAAUAUACUACAUGUCAACAAAAUCAGAAUAAAAGAUGUCUAUUUCAUCAUUUGGAUUAUUUUAGGUGAAGUUUGUCGCGUUAGCAGCAAAGACAGUUGGUGUUUUCAUCAUAUGUUGGACACCAGUUGCGACAUGCAGUUUGAUCAAAGCUAUGGGCUAUUGGUGUGGAACCAAAGAUGUGGGUGGAUCAUUCUUCACUCUUGCUUUACUCAAUUCGUUGCUGAACCCAUUUGUUUACCUCGCGCAUAUGAGCAAAUCUUUGAAGAAUCACUUGAAAUCAUUCGCUUCGCUUAAAUCCCUUCGUGGCGACAGCACCAAAACGGACUCCUGCAGCAUCAAUACGGCUGAAACGGCUUCAUAAAGUGAACAGAAUAUUAAUUAAUGUUGUACAGUUUUUCUUUCAUACACAGACAAGGUUUUACUUUUUUUAUAAAUGCGCAUUGAAUUUGCUUCUAUAACAAGUAUUAAAAGAAAAUCGGCAGAGUUGUCAAUCAAAAGGCCGUUCAAAUUUUUUUCUUUUAAUUUCUGUUUGCUUAUUAAAGUUUGUGUUAGCUAUUUUGUUUAAACAAUAUUAAAAAUUGUUAUAGCACAUAAUCACGCUUAUGUGCUGCUACUGUUCUAUUUUUAAAUUCUUAUAUGGUCAAUUUAUCGUAAAACACUUGAUGUCGUGUUGCAACAAUACCACAUCAAUUGACAAAAGUAUAUCCUGCAAUUUUAAAUCUUAUAAAACCAAUAUUCUCUUUUUUAUUAUUUCAUUUUAUUUUAUUUCUAAAGUGUACAGUACAACAUCAAUUAAUUCGAAUGCAGUUAAUUCGAAUAUCCGUUAUUUUAAACAAACUUCUUUGUGCCUUGCUUUAUGAAUUUUUUUAGAUUACUGCCGCUUAAUUCGAACGUUCAUUUAUUCCAACAUACUUUCCUAUCUAUUGCGUAUUCGAAUUUUUGGAUGUGUACUUUAUAAUAAUGUCUAAUACGACUUUUUGUGAAUAGUGUAUACUGAUAUAUUAUGGUAAAUCGAGUGUUCAAAAUAUUCGACUUUAAAAGAAACUCACUCAUUACUUUAUUUCAUUUGCCUGCUUACUAUGUUUCGUGUGCUGUCCAUUUUGUAUUUCUUAUUUGUAUUUCUCAACCAAUUUAGAACGCCUAGAAACACAAAUAGGACCUCAUUAAACACAAUGGUGGGUGUGUAGCAUAUAUACCGACUAACGUAGUAUUUUACUUGUGAUCAACGGCCAACGCAGUUUACUUGGGAUCAACAAUCAACAAAGUUGUUUACUUGUGAUCAACGACUAACAUAGUAGUUUACUUGUGAUUAACGACUAACAUAGCAGUUUACUUGUGAUUAACGACUAACCUGGCCGUUUACUUGUGAUCAACGACUAACAUAGUAGUUUACUUGUGAUUAACGACUAACAUAGCAGUUUACUUGUGAUCAACGACUAACAUAGU